UGUCCAUCUUUCUGCGGCAAACAUAUCGUCCGUCGCCCAACACGAUCCCACACGCCGUUACCGAUGUAAAGGCUUGCUAGUCGAUGAGUGUUCAAUAGGUUGUUCUUGUCAACGAGUCGAGCACGAUGGCUACCACGAUGGCCACACCAGUAAGAACGGGCAACGAGCGUACCUAUCCCCGUCCUGCAAGCCGGUAUGACUUCGAGAUCGCGAUAAUCUGCGCACUUACCCGCGAAAUGGACGCUGUCGAGUUGCUCGUCGAUGAAUUCUGGACGGAUGGGGACGAUCAAACACGAUACGGCAAGGCUCUAGGAGACCCGAACACAUACGAGCUAGCCCGAAUCGGAAAUUUCAAUGUAGUCCUCGUUGUCCUGCCCAGCAUGGGAAAGAUUGAGGCAACCGCGGCAGCACACGGUGUUGCGACAAGCUACCCGAAUAUUUCCCUAGUCCUCGUGGUCGGUAUUUGUGGGGGCAUGCCUGUCGCCAACGUUGGAGGGGAACGGGAAGAUAUCGUCCUUGGCGAUGUGGUCAUCAGCAGCAUGCUGAAUCAAUACGACUUUGGACGACAGCUACCGGAUCGUUUCCUCAGCAAAACCGAGGUCGAAAAUACGUUUGGCAGGCCGAACAGGGACCUUAGGGGCCUGCUCAAGAGUUUGGAGAAAGUGAGAGCGCGCAAAAACUUUCAGCGCCAGGUGGCCGACAACUUAGUGAAGCUUCAGGGGAGCAGUGAUCGGUUCUCAUGGAGGUAUACAUACCCGGGAACUGACAAGGACAGACUAUUCAAAGCCUCAUACGAGCACAAACAUCACCGUCUCGAAUCAGGGUGCCUUCCUUGCGCGCAAGGAUCGAUAUGCGAGUCUUCAUGGGAAAUUUCGUGUGAUGAUCUUGGUUGCGACGCCACGUAUCUGGCUACAAGAGAGAGAGCCGGUCAACCCAAUUACCCUUCGGUCUUCAUAGGGCGUGUGGGGUCAGCAGAUGCCGUCGUUCGCUCUGCGAAACACCGCGAUGCUCAUGCCGCAAAGGGCAUUAUCGCCUUGGAGAUGGAAGGUGCCGGGGUAUGGGAUGUGUUCCCUUGCCUCGUCAUCAAAGGCGUGUGUGAUUACGCCGACAGUCACAAAAACAAAGGGUGGCAGGGCUAUGCUGCGGCCACAGCAGCAUCAGCGACGAAGGCAUUUUUGAACCACUACCAAGGGAAGGGAAAGAUUUCUAGACAUGCAAUAAAUAACUGGGCAACCUUCGAUGUCAACCAUUCUCAGUACAUGACCUCUCCAUGUACCGAUCUCGAUGCUGGGAAGGUGGCUCGGCCAGGGCUGGAUCAAUCUUCAUCAGAAGCAACGCUUGAUACAAGGAUGGGCAAAUGUACUGAAGGAGGAGCGCGAAGCCAAGACAACCCAACCCUUCGCAACUUCAUCGAGCAGCUUCUUCUCCCUAAACUGUCAUCCAUCAAUCGCCUGAUGACCUUGGAGAUACAUAGUGUGACAGCGGCCCUGGACACCGGUUUUCCCUAUCUAGCUUACAAUUAUGCAGUCGAUGGAUCUUACCGCAUUGGAAAAGGAAACGCCAGCGAAGACCAUACAACUUUCAGUAUGAACCAGCAAGAGGACAACUUAUGGGACGAUUCUUGGUACCAGGAAGCCCGAGAUUAUUUUAAAGACAUCCGCAGGUCUCCAGGUCAGGGCGCUACAGUCUGGAGAUACCAUAAAAUUGAAUCAGGGGACGACGCUGGACACAGGUUUUGCAAGAAAACAGCGCAUAUGCAGAUUUGGAUGUAUGGUGAUAGUAAGUGUCUUUGCAGGGGAGCCUGGAGAGCUGAAUUGAGCGGCGUCGCUAACACUUUUAUUCUACCUCUAGCCAUCACCAUUACCAGACUGUACAUGCUUGCCGGUUCUAACGAAAUUGUCUACGAAGGAGCACAGUGGACCAAGUUUGAGUUGUGGAUUGAGCCUGGCGUUUUGCUGACCAAGGAGAACGGGAAGAUUUCCGUCCGAAGUUCCUGGAAAAUCACCUUCACCGUGCAAGAAGCGGCCGACGGCGACUUGCACAUCAGCAUUCAGCACGUCAGGCCUGAUCCGAAGUUCAGUGGGAACUACAAGACAUAUGAAAAGCUCCGGCCAACAGAAAGCAAGCUCAAGGAGAUGUACAAGUGUGCAAGCAACAACUUCGAUAACUUGGCCCAGUCGCUCCGCGACUACCUCGAUCAACAAGAGAAACUUGUCUGCCUCAGUCCGGGGUCUUCUACUUCAAAUACCCCGUGAGGACAGCGGAGUGUCUAGGGCCUUCUGAUCGUCAAUAAUGAUGUUGUCUUUCAUACAACCCCAUCUCAUCCCUACCGAUCCUUUCUUUUCUUGGGGGUGUUUUACUUCGG